AUGAUGAACCCCCGAAUCCCGUGGAGACAAUGCGCGCACCGCGGGAGUGGCUGGCAUGCGAGCCGUCCAUGCUCGGCCCUGCGCCUCCAUGGCUCCCUCGUAUCGCUCCGCCGAGCCCAUGACGAUGCUCCGUCGCCCAAGAGCCCGCUGCUCAACCCUCCGGCCUCGACGCGCCCACCGCCCCUGACGAUCCCGCCGCGCAGCUCGGUCGAUUCGACGUUCCAGUACCUCUUCCAAAUGGGCAAGGGCUACCUGAGGUUCUACAAGGACGGGCUCAAGGGCGUCUGGGCCAACCGCAAGCUGCUGCGGCAGAAGCUCGAGCGGACGCCCCCCGACGACCGGCCCUCCAUAUUUCGCCCUUACUACGUGCCCAAGACCUUUUCCCGCGCCGACUGGGUCCUCCUCUGGCGCGUGCGCCACGACAUGCUGCGCCUGCCGCUGUUUGGCCUGAUGCUCAUCGUCAUUGGCGAGUUCACGGCCCUCGUCGUCAUCUACGUCGAUGGCGUCGUGCCCUACACCUGCCGCAUCCCCAAGCAGAUUCUAACGGCGGCGCAGAAGGCUGAGCAGCGGCGCCGGGUGGCCUUUGACGAGCUCGAGGCGCGGUCGCCGCACGGCGUGCUGAGCCCUCGCGUGACGGCCGACGUGGCGCGGACGCACGUGCUCAAGAGCCUGGACCUCGCGGGCUCCAUCUGGGACCGGCUGGGCUUCAUGCCGCCGGGAAUGUGGCAGGUCAAGGGCAGGCUGCGCAUGGCCUUUCUCGAGGGCGACGACCGCAACCUCAUCGAGGACGGCGGGCCCCUGGAGCUGGAGCCUGCCGAGCUUGCCAUUGCCUGCAGGGAGCGCGGCAUCGACACGCUGGGCAAGAGCGAGGCGGAGCUGCGGAGCCUGCUGGGCGACUGGCUCCGGCUGACGGCAGCCGAGGACAUUGCGGAGAGACGGCGGCGGAUGGCGACGCUGCUGCUGACGAGACCCGAAAACUGGCCCGAGCAUCGAGACUUUGCGGUCCCAGAGUGGGAGCUGUAG